AUGUUGCGCUGGUAUACUCUCCGCCAUUCAGAGGCAAACUGAGAAGGGCGCUGAUAUCGAACCAUCACAGGUAUCAGGCCAAGUUGGCCUCGCGGCCCCUCCUCACCCAAUCGAUCACCACCGCCGUCCUGUUCGCGACCGGCGACACAAUGGCUCAGCAACUUGUUGAAAAGCGCGGCAUACAGAACCAGGAGUGGGCGCGAUCAGGUCGCAUGGCGCUCUACGGUGGAUGUGUUUUCGGGCCAGCUGCAACCAUGUGGUUCGGCUUCUUGCAGCGCAAGGUCGUCAUCCCCGGGCGUCCAAACCUCGAGAUCGUUGCACGAGUCCUCACGGAUCAGACGGUGUUCGCUAGUACAAACCUGUUCUGCUUCUUGAGCUCAAUGGCGAUUAUGGAGGGCACGGAUCCAUCGGAGAAGCUCAAGCAGAGCUACGGCACGGCGCUGCAGAAGAACUGGAUGGUGUGGCCUGCGGUCCAAUUCACAAACUUCAAGUUCGUGCCACUGGAGCACCGGGUGUUGCUUGUGAAUGUGAUCUCGCUGGGUAUGAGAAUGUGACAUCGGGAAGAGAGAUUGGAAUAAUGCUAACAUGGUCACAGGCUGGAACUGCUACCUGAGCUACCUCAACAGUGCGCCUAGUGGAGCGCACUCGGCCGAGCCUGACCUCCCACCGUCAUAA